AUGUUUCCACUUCCCGCAGCAACCAUCACCACUUCUCUCCCACACGAUGUCCCGGUGGCAGAAUCAUUUACGCUGCCUCAACAUGGCCCGAUCGACACUCCAUGGUUGACGGAAGAGCUCAAAUAUUUCGAAACAUGUCUCCUUGUUCUCGAUGUGCUCGAGUCAUUUGGGACUCACAUUAGCAAAGACCCGGCUUCCCCCUCGGGCAGAUGGGCCGGCAAGCCCAAAUUCCUUGGACAUGUAUAUCACUGGGUCAGAAAGAACGAGCCCAUCCAGCUUACAAUGCCGGCAUUUCCAUGCAAGAGUGCCAACCGCGAAAACAAGGUCCUAGGUCACUUGCCCGAUCUCGGUGAGGAGCUUGGUAUGAGUCGAUUGAACGACAUAGCUGUUGCCAUUAAGAAUGUCUACCAACCCGGUGCCUUGGUCAAUAUCGCUUCUGACGGUAUUUUAUUUAAUGACAUCAUCGGUGUUACUGAUGAGGAGACUUGGGAGUAUAGCGAAGAGCUUCGCGCCAUUGCCAGGGAGAAAAAGCUAGACUACAUAGUAUUUCUCUAUCCUCAGGUCUUGAUUGGCAUGAUGCCCGCCGGCGAGAUGACUCGAGAGAAGUACAUCUCGACGGCUGAUGAGUGCCGUGCCUUGCUCGAAGCUCAACACGGAAGCACCCUCAAGCAGAUUGAAGCUCUCAUCAAGUCCGACUCGGACACUAAUUCAACCUACUGUGGCAUGGUCAAGUUUCUGCAAACAGAGUUAUUUGGCGCUCUUGCCGGCAAGAGCUACCGUGAACGCCAAAAACUACAAAAGAACUCGGCCAAGAAGAUGAUGCAGCGGUCCGAGGCAUUUACGCUCGCCAUUCGUACUAAUCGGCCCUUGGAUGUUCGUCUGUCAAUGCAUCCCUCGUCCGGAGUGGCCAAGCUUUCAGUGGCCCUUGUGCCGUCACCAAAGGGCUUUUUCCAACGAUCACCCUGGCACAGCUGUGUUGCUAUUGACAGUGAGGGCGGCUACCACUGUGUCCAUUCUGAAGAAGUCCGGGAGACGCAUGAGCUCAUGUACAAGGAUAACCGACCAUACUUUUUCAUUGCCAAGGAUGCCGUCCAGGUCGACGAGCCAGAUACCGUGACGGUUGUUGAGGCUGCAAAUGCUGAGGCUGUUGUGGAGAAAUCGGAAGUUCCCCUGGCUCCUCCGGCUACUGCGGCUCCUGCAAAGGCAGAAAUUGUUCCGGUUGUCGAAAAGCAAGAGAUUGCGACGGUCGUCGAGAAUCCUGUUCCCACUGUUAUUGAAAAGCAGGAAGCUGUGACGUUCACCAAGGAACAAGUUAUUGCUACAACUACCGAAAAUCAGGAAACCGCGACGUUUAUCGAGGAGCAGCCUAUUGCUACAAUUCCUGAAAAGCAAGAGGAUUUGACAGUUAUUGAGGGCCAACCUAUUGCUACAAUUGCUGAAAAGAAAGAGGUCGUGACAAUUGCUCAGGAGCAACCUAGUGCUACAAAUACCGAAGAGAAGGAAGCUGAGACGUUUAUUGAGGAGCAACCUAUUGCUUCAUUUACAGAAAAGCAAGAAAUCAUCACGAUUGUUGAGGAGCAAACUACUGCUACGUCCAACAGUCAAAAUGCCACGACGACUCCAGACAGCAAGCAAAAUGUCGUAGAGGCUGACGCCGAAAUUGCGACAGCUGACCCUAAACUUCCAUCUGAUACGCUGGAUGGUGAGUCAUUUCCGUCAGCUGCUGUCUUGGCAUAG